AUGAAGCCUGCCGUCGCGGUGGUCCCAGCACCGGCCGAGGAGUACGACGAGUUUGUGGCGGUGCCUGUAGGUAGUCCCUGCUCCCUGCCUUCGGUGACAGCACAAGUGUCACAAGGGAAGCCACCGGCAAGCUGCUACGUCGUCGGAUCCGUUCCAGUAGAGUUUUCAGACGGCGAGUCAGAGGAGCACUUUGGGGGUGUGGAUUCCCAGGAGCUCUCGUCACCGAGACCUCAAGAUUCGUCAGAGGAGCAUUUCGGGGGUGUGGAUUCCCAGGAGCUCUCGUCACGAGAUCUCAAGGUUCGGUGGUGCCAUGUCCGCCGCGAGACACUCCCUGGGAUGCGCCUGGCAGAUGCCAAUCCAUCAAGCAAGUUAGGAGGAUGCCCAGAUCAUAGGGCAAAGGUGUUGCGGAUCAGUGCCAAGCUGCUGUCUGCGGGCUUUUGUGCCCUGUGCGGCUAUAGAUCCUACAUGACCGCCGGCUACGAGAAGUGGAGCCAUACCCUCUAUGCCAUGGAGGCUGUCGCUUUCUUCCUGCUGCUAGCAACCGUGAGCAGUUCCGAUGCUUUCCGCGAGCUCAUGCAGGUGAGGAUCCCAGAAAUGCAGAAGACACUGGGCUCGAGAUUGCAGGCCUCCUUGAAGUUUGACCUGCUACCGAUCGGUGUCUACCUCGUCAUCCUUCUCUUGUGCUUCGUGGUUCUUGUGCAACUUCACCCAAAAUCGAUCGCCCACCCAUAUCCGAUCAGCUCGGCAAUCCAGCGCUUGGGCUGGGCCUUCGUGUUGCUCCGGCUGAACCGCUCCAUGAUGAUUUUGCUGGAUCUCUUUGCUGUUUCGUAUGCCCAGGAUCCGGCUGAUUUUGAGUCAGCCUACGAAGGGUGGGCGUACAUUGCUGCCUUUGCCGGCGAGAUCUCGCAUUGGACUGGCGCAGCAUACUUCCAUUUGUCAACCUUUGCACUUCUUGGCAUUUUUCCGCUUCUAGCGGAGGUGUUGAUGGGUCUCCAAGACAAUACCGACUGGUUGCUUUCACAUCUGAUCAUGAACAUCACAAACUGUUGCCUCGCUCUGCAUGUUCUCCAUCGGGCGGCGGCCGUGGGCCACCAGCAGGACAGUGCUGUGGUGAGCGUGAACAGUCUUCAGUGGACACUGACUUGGCAGCAGCGUCACCGCCAGCACCUUUUCGUGGCCUACAUGAGGCAGAGUGAAGUUGGCACCUAUGUUUACGGCAUUCGUGUCACGAACUCCCUGCUGGCCAAGCUGGUUCCUGUCCUCGUCACUGGAGGCUCCUUUGCUUUGGCUCGCAUCCUUGCCCUUCCCCAUGAGAGCAAGGCAGAGCUCGUCCAGCAGUGGAAUCACCUUCUUCAGGCUUUGGGCGUACAGUGA